CAAGCCGCCGCCAGCGCAUACACGAGCGGAACCUUCAAGUCAAACGUCUUCAAACUACAGCUCGACGAAUUGCUCGGCCAGACCCGACCGAAGCAUGGCAAGAAGGAGAAAUUGGCAGAGACGGCAUUGCGCCAGCUCAAGCAGACCAUCGAGCAGAUUCCCCCGAGAGGCCCUUUCACCGUCGUCGAAGCUGAGACCGAUCUCCUCCGAACGAAAGUCGCCGUACCCUUCCCCGAUCCGGGACCAGCAAAAGAUGCCAAAUUCAAGUUCGCAUACGAGAAGCCUGCGAACAUCAAUGUCGUGGGUAGCUUCGUAUUGAAGACGGCAAGCAGGUUGCAUCAAGUCCUGGAGAUUGAUAUGGUGGUUGUGAUUCCCAGCUCGUUGCUAGAAGAGAAGGACUUCUUGAAUCAUCGAUACUUCUACAAGAGGGCAUACUACCUGGCGUGCAUCGCGGCAGGAUUGAAAAAUGCGCACAAGGCUGAAUAUACAACACGAUUUGCUCUCUUCCGUGGUGAUCCUUUGAAGCCGAUCGUGGUCGUCGAGCCAGCUGUGGAGGCAACCUCUCCUGCUCCUGCUCCGAAAUGGCGGAUCAACAUCAUCGCUGGCACUGCGGCUGAUCAAUUCCCUUCAACGAAACUACGCUUGGACAAGAAUUGUGUUCGAAACCCGGACCAGGAUGUUGCCGCUCCUACUCCCUUUUACAACUCCUCCCUUCGUUCCGACAUGCUCGUUACAGAGUACCUCAAGCUUCUUCAUGGCGCUGGAAAGAGUUGCGAAUCCUUUACGGAAGCAUGUCUCUUGGGCAGUACUUGGCUUCGACAGCGAAACAUGGGCUCAUCGAUUGAGGCCGGCGGAUUCGGAAACUUUGAGUGGAAUGCAUUGAUGGCAUUGGGACUACAAGGAGGUGGACCUCAAGGGAAGCCGAUCUUCAGUCCUGGAUACAGCAGUUAUCAGCUGUUCAAGGCUACGCUGCAGCUUCUCGCCAUGAAGGAUUUUGCAAAGCACCCAUUGUCUGUUGGGAACACUGCCGACACUCCUGCUCCGCUUUCUGAUGGAACGCCUAUUCUGUGGGACGCAAGCAGAGGCCACAACUUGUUGUAUAAAGUCGCGCAAUGGUCGUACAGACUUCUCCGUCACGAGGCCAAGUCAACAUUGAUCGCUCUCGGGGAUCAGCUCCAUGACGGCUUCGAUGCAACGUUCAUCCUCCGUGUUCACGAACCCAUGUUUCGCUUCGAUUACAUGGUGCAGAUUCCUGAGCGUCUUGUACUCGGCGGAAAUACCAGGACAGCCCAGCACGACCACGUUGCCAAACUGUACGACGUACUGAAGCAGGGUCUCGGCAAUCGUGUCAAUCAGAUCUGCAUCACUCGUCCGGCUACCCCCUCCUGGGCCCUCGGAUCAUCGCGUCCGAGCUCCAAGAACGACAUCACCAUUGGAAUGGCAGUGAACCAAGAUCAUGUCAAGCGUGCUGUCGACCACGGUCCACCCGCAGAGAAUAAAUCAGAGGCUGCAGCAUUUCGAAAGUUCUGGGGCGACAAGUCUGAGCUGCGUCGCUUCAAGGAUGGCAGCAUCCUAGAAAGUCUGAUCUGGUCGCCGUCGGAGAGUGGCCAGACCGUGCUGGAACAGAUUGUGUGCUAUUUGCUCAACCGACACUUUGAUGUUGCCAUCGUGGAGGAUGUCAAGUUCUUCGGCGAUGGCUUCUCCAAACAGCUGCGCGGUGGUACGGACAACGCUCUCUUCACGCCCUUCGUGGAGCGAUACCGCCAGUUUGAGAAUGACCUUCGCGAUCUCCGCGACUUGCCACUCUCAAUCCGACAGAUCAUGCCCGCGGAUCCUCAGCUUUGCUCUGCAUCGAUCCUGCCACCCGCUAACGGCAAACUCAGCCAUCGAGCAGUGCCAGCCAACGUCACCAUCCAAUUUGAAGGCUCCGGGCGAUGGCCAGACGAUCUUGUUGCCAUCCAGCGCACCAAGAUCGCUUUCCUCUUGAUGAUCUCUCACAUGCUCCAAGAGACCGUCGACUCUGUCUCCUGCCGCAUCGGCCUUGAAAACGACACCCAUCCCACUCUCAAUCAAGGCUACCUCGACGUAUCCUACGACCCAACCACCUCCUUCCGCCUCCGCAUCUACCACGAACGCGAACAAACCCUCCUCGAACGCAGCCUCAAAUCCAAAUCCACCGAUCCCCAAACCCGCGAACUCGCCGCCCUCGGUCUCGCAAAGUACAAACGCGACUACAUCCACCGACCCGCACAAACGCAAGCCCUCAUCCGUCUGAGCACCCGCUUCCCCGCUCUCAGCGGCGCCAUUCGCCUCACGAAACAAUGGUUCUCCUCCCACUUACUCUCCAACCACAUCCCGGAGGAAAUCAUCGAGCUCUUCGUCGUGAGAUCUUUCACCCAUCCUGCUCCCUGGUCCGCGCCAUCGAGCGUGCAAACGGGAUUCCUCCGCACUCUCUUCUGGUUAUCGAGAUGGGACUGGCGUGUUGAACCUCUUAUUGUAGACCUCGCAGGCGACAACAACUCUCUCACACCCGCUGACCUCACCGCCAUCACCAAUAAUUUCACCGCCUGGCGUCAACACCUCGACCCAGCCAUGACCCGCGUCGCCCUAUUCGUCGCUUCCUCACUCGACCACGAAGGCACGACCUGGACGGACGCCGGACGACCCGCCAAAGUCGUCGCGGCUCGCAUGUCCUCCCUCGCUCGCGCGGCAUGUGCAGAAGUCGCAGCCAAAGGUUUAGAUUUGAUCCCGCAAUCACUUUUCGAGAGUCCACUGGCCGACUUUGACUUUGUGCUUCGUCUUAAAGAUAAUAAUAACAACAGUCGCAGUCAGCGGAAAAGUCGGGGUUUCAAGAAUCUCGAAAUAAGCGACGAAGAACACGAUGGGAGCCUGGUCGGUUUCGAUCCCGUAAGGGACUUUUUGGAGGAUUUGGAAGAGGUGUAUGGCAGUGCCAUUUUGUUCUUCCAUGGAGUCGUAGCUGCAAGAGGAGGAGGAGGAGGGAGGGGGGUCAUUGCGGGACUGUGGAAUCCUGUUGUGAUGAGUUCGGCGAGGAGGGGGUGGAAGGUGAAUUUGGCGGUUAGUACGGUUCCGGUUGUUGAGGAGGAGGAGGGGAAGGGAGAGGGAGAGGGGGAGGAGGUCGUAGCGGAGGUGAAUAAGGUGGCGGUUUUGAAGGAGCUGGUGAGGGUUGGUGGGGACUUGAUUAUGGGGGUUGAG